AUGACCACUAGGCCAUUAGUCAUCUCGAAUCUGUUUUUAGAUGCCGGACGUCAAUUCCUGAAUACACAAUUCAAAAUUGACCAAAAAUCACUAAUCAAGACACAGAAUGAUGGAUGGAAUCUCAACUACUAUUUCCGGGAGGCAAUAGAAUACAUGGCCAUGGUCGACUACCCAUAUUCAACUGGUUUCCUCGAGCCACUUCCAGGCUGGCCUGUGCAAGUAGCCUGUGGGUACAUGAACGCGAGUGGCACCUCUUUCUCUGAUCAAGACCUCGCCACAAUGAUGUACAAUGCAGCGAAUGUGUACUACAACUACUCCGGCACUCUCCAGUACAACUGUAUUGACCAGAGUGUAUGCGGUGACACAGGCACAGCCGGACUUGGCGAUGAUGCUUUCGGUUGGCCUUGGCAAGAGUGCAGUGAAAUUAUCAUCGACAUGUGUGCCAGAGGAGGAAAGAACGACUUCUUCUGGGACGAAUGUAAGGGAAAUUCGACCGCUCUGUUGAUAGAGACGUGCCUCGCACAGUUUAAAAGUUUCCAGUGGACACCAGCUGUUUGGAAUUUAAGGGCGGUGCCGAUACUCUACGGUCUCAGUAUGGCUGGCGCUUCGAACAUUAUUCUUACGUGA